AUGCCCGGAAUACUCCCUAUGAAAGUGAUCAAAAUGGGAUCCAACUCCCAAAGCCGUAUCGCUCAAGCCUGCGAUCGGUGCCGUUCGAAAAAAAUACGCUGCGAUGGAAUUCGACCGUGUUGUACGCAAUGCAAAAAUGUCGGCUUCGAGUGCAAGACCAGCGAUAAAUUGAGCCGAAGAGCCUUCCCACGCGGCUAUACCGAGUCGUUGGAAGACCGUGUUCGAGCGCUCGAGGGCGAGGUCAGAGAUUUGAAGAAUUUAUUGGAUGAACGAGACGAGAAGAUUGAAGUGCUGUCGCGUAUUCAUUCAUUCGGGUCGCCACGGCAGAAAACGCAUUCACUUCAAUCUUCUACCCCUUCUCCUUCGUCCUCGUCGGCUGCAGUCUGUGCACAAUCGCGGUCGCCGUUGUCGUCUGAAGAUGUAAAACCUGCUAUAGUUGAGGCCGAGCCCGUCAUUACGGUUUAUAAUCCGACCAAACCGUCUAGCAGUUCACCCUUCGCCGGACCGUCUAGUGUUCGCGCUUUCUCGUCAACACUGACAAACAAAAUGGAAGCACAGGGUGUCCCUUCGUCUUCCUUCUCGACAAAGGCAUUGACGGCGUUGCCGGCCAGGAAUUAUCAACGCAAAGCUUUGUCUCUGCAGUCACCGCCAAGACUUGUGUCAGAUCAACUUGUAAAUAUAUAUUUCCAGGAAUGGGCUCCUCUGUACCCAGUGGUGCACCGUUCUACCAUUCUCAAAGCCUACGAUCGCUAUCUUGCCGACCCAUCUCUAUUGAAAGAUCAGCCUUUUACCGUUAUACAACUGAACCUUAUCUUUGGCAUUGCUGCACUUUCUUCUAUGUCGCGAACAAACCAAGACCCAAAGCUGUUCGAGAAUAACUGGUACACACCACUUGAGGCUCUUAGUGGAGACAUGUCUGUACCUGCCAUCCAGUGCAUGGUCCUCGCUCAGAUGUAUUUCUUAACCAAAGGAGACUAUCAGUCUCUACUUCGCUAUCGUGCCCUUUCCGUCGGCACGAUUCAGUCUCUUGGUCUCAACCAAAGUCAGCAGCAUCUUGCUCAUGAGCCGUUGCUUUAUGAGACCCGCAAGAAAGUCUUUUGGUGUCAGUAUAUGUUGGACCGCUUCACCGCUGCCGUGACUGGCCUGCCUGUUAUGCUCCGCGAUGAGCAUAUCGCCACUGAAAUUCCGGCAGACAUUGACGACGAGAACAUUACCGAAGACGGCUUGCUGCCUGGUCUACCUGAUGAACGCACCCGCAUGUCAAGUGCGCUUGCUUUGAUAGAGGCCUCUCGGAUUUUGGGCAAAGCACUCGAGGUUCUUUAUCCGCCGGCACUUACCUCUCAAAUCCCCCUGACAAAAUUACACGGGCUAUCAGAGGAGCUUGAAACUUGGAACAAGGGUCUCCCAACCCAUCUCAAAUUGAUUUUUAUCCAGGAUCGGCCAAGUACGAAUGUGACAGGCAGCCGAUCUCCUUUACUAUCCUUGGUAUACUACCUGAUCCGUAUUUUGAUUCAUCGUCCUGCAGCCUGCUUUGGUACUUCGGACGUGAUGGGUCCGGCUCUGUUGACUAUCACCGACUCCAGCAAACACAUCAUCCAAAUCUUGCAGCUCCUCGAUGAACGACGUCUAAGCCUAUCGUUAGCCAUCAACCGCCAAGAGGUGGCUUACCUCUCUGGUCUUGGCAUUCUGUGGCAAGAUAUGAAUCUGCAAAGAGGCAGCAAGCUGAUCCAGGAAAGCCGGAACUUGCUCCUAGAUGUCAAAGCACAACUUGAGUCGGAGUCGAGCGCGGCUGCGACCGAAUUUCGGAUACUAUCCAACAUUAUAUCUGGAGCCGACAGUCAACGGUCUUUGAAGAUAAAGAAGGCUCUACAAACGUCACAGGCCCGUUCCGAGCCUGGCUGUGAAUCGAAAUCGGCAAAAGAAGGGCAGAUGUCAAGAAGGAAUACCAUUUCUAAUGUCACUGCAGCACAUAAAUAUACCCAAGAGGCCCGUCAGCGGUUAAGCCCAAUGGAGCCUCCACAACCCCUGAACCGACCCAAGUCCUUCGAUCUAUCGUCGGGUGUCAACGUGGACUAUUAUCCUCUCAAUGCGGACUCACUUCGCUCCAUGUCCUCUACCGAUGUUUCGAAGAUAGCGCUAUCGUCAGCAGAGUGGGAAUGUAUACUCAGCGAUCUCGAUCACGGUAGCUUGAAUAUUUUCAAUGGAAUAUACGGUGGACAAGACAGUGGCGAACAACCAGGUUCACAGGCUCCGGUUGAUGAGUACUCACCUCAUCAAACUGCCUCGGCUUAUGCUCCGAUCAUGCAGCAACAUGUCCGACUCAGCCCACAGGAUACUUCAUCAGAUUGGUCCGCUUGUAGUAGUGGCGAUGUACCCUAUGCUCGUGAAGGUGCACCGGGUUAUCCAUCGGAAAAUGGAGCUAUUACGGACGAUGUUCUUCCAUUCAAGGACUUUGACUUGCCGCAGUCUUUACAAAUGGUCGAUGCUGUCAAGGGGAUUAUGAUACCGUCUGCUGAUGAAGAUUAUGUCGAUUUGGGUAUAUUUGAUGGCUGGGAACGGUCCUUGAUAGCUUAG